AUGGGAAGGAUGUUAGUUGGUUUGGAGAUGCAGUUCUUUGAUAAUUGUGAUUUUGUGAGGAUAAUGUUUUAUGACCAACUGGGAAAUGCCGUGUGCCAUGGCGACAAAAGCAUGAUAAAUAAGGGGCAUAAGAGUUUCCCAAGUGGCCAUACAUCAUGGUCCUUCGCUGGUCUUGGCUUUUUAUCGCUAUAUCUAUCUGGAAAGAUAAAAGCAUUUGAUCGUCGAGGCCAUGUUGCUAAACUAUGCAUUGUUUUGCUUCCUCUACUUGUCGCAUCUCUUGUUGGAAUAUCUCGAGUAGAUGACUACAUGCAUCACUGGGAGGAUGUGUUUGCAGGAGCUGCGUGUCCUGCUGUGGAUGUAUCACUUGGGAUGAUUAAUUUGCAUCGAAGCAGCAUGGUUGUGGUUCACUUCAGGAUUGGAAAUCACUAG